CGUUGAUGACGUCAGAAACAGAGGGGGGCGGAGUCUGAAGCAACUCGGUCGAACUCGGUUCGGCCAGCACCGCGGCGUGUCUGAGCAAAAUGAAACAUGGAUGAAGAGGUCGCCGAAAGUUGGGAGGAAGCUGUUGAUAGUGGGGAAAUGGACAAGCGGUUAGAGGAGAAACUAAGAAUCAGCCAGAAAGAAAGGGAGUCUAGUAACAAUUCUACACGAUCCCCAUUGAGGACAGCCAUGGUGAUACAGGACGACUCUCUACCAGCAGCACCACCACCUCAGAUACGCAUUUUGAAGCGCCCAGCCAGCAAUGGUUCAUUAGGAUCAUCCAUGAGUCAGAACAGACCUACACCACAGGUCAAAUCUCUGGCUCAGCGUGAGGCAGAAUAUGCAGAGGCCAGAAAGAGAAUCCUGGGAAGUGCCUGCCCCGACGAGACGCCUCAGGACAAACCCAACACUGAUAGGUCUCUACGCAAUAACUCUACAAUGUCGUCAGAGGACACCCGAUCAAACAAUCACACUGUUCGGCAGCCAGCUGGUCCAGAUGGCACCCAAGGGUUCCGACAGCACAGAUAAGUUGGCCCUGAGCCCAUCUGGCCAUUGAGAGAAGAGAGAUCAAUGGCUUUCGGAGAGAAAAGACACCACUGUCUUCUUUAAACUUUUUCUCCAGUUUCAUUUUGAUACUGCUGCUCAACUCUUCUGCCAGUAGCCUUGUGGAACUGUCGAUGAGUAAGGAACUCCAGGAAGAAGUCAGAUGUGCUCUUUUCUCUCCCCAGUCCUGUCUGUUUGACACUGUGAUUAUGGACAACUUAUGGACUCACUGUGAUGAUCCCUUUAAGAGACACCUGACCCCCAUCUCGCUUCAUUCAGUCCCCAGCGGCUCUAUCUCAGAACGCCUGUAAGACGAAAGCAUAGACUUGAACCAAGGAUGGCGGAGAGUGGGAAAGAAGUGGCAAGCCAUAGCAAAUAGAGAUGAGCUGGUACUUGUGCAGCCUUUCCCAGCAAUAAUACCAGACAUCACUUCUUUCACCUUUUUUAUAUUUUUAAUUUUAGAUGUUGGGUCACUAAAUUUUAUCCUUUUUGUUUUUCUUGCUUUGCUUCAAUAUUUAUCCUAGGGAUGCUUUGAAAGGACAAACUUCACACUCAUACUGUAUGUUAUCAAGCAGCUGUUAAUUACAACAGCAUUAAAUGUUUUUUUUAAUAAAGUUAACAUCUGAAACAAAAUAGGAAAUACUGACAUUUUCAAGCUUUAGUUCUUUUUAAAAAUAAUGCUACAUUCUGCCAUUCAAUAUGAGCAGCCUCAGCUGCAGUUGCACAACUAGUACUGAGCUCACACCUUUAGUACUCGCCACUAAUGCUGAGUACUGGUAACAGGUAACUAAGCUGUUAGUAUUGUCAGUACUCCCAUAAUAACUUGCCAUUAGUUUGUUUUAAAAACAGAGGGUAAUCAUGUGUUUCAGGUUGUUUACUUUUUUCUGUAUUUCAAUGAUAACUUUCCAAUGUCUUCCUUAGACCUUCAUGUCGUUAUUUCUAUUUAAAUGUAAAGGCAAAAAAAAGACAAGGAGCCUCUUCCGUGAUUGUUUUUAAGUAGCUCUUCUGCCUUUUUUUAUAAGAUGUCAGAGCAGUAUUUUAAAAUGAACCAAAAGCUCAUUUAAAAUAAAGUCAAAAGUCAGAUGCAUUUAUUUGAAGAUCAUGCUAAACUUAACGUGGUGAGACAGGGAAAUAAAUUUACUGCUGUAUUUCAAGGUUUCUCCAUAUCCUGACCAUGGCAACAGUGUGCAGGUUGUUAAUGUCCUUUAUUGAAAUAUAGUAGGUAGAAACUCAGGUGUAAGGGAGCGAGACUGAAUGAAUGAAAUGAACUAAGAUUGUAUUUUUGCAACAGGUUUCAUUGCCCAGACAGCAAUCGUCUAUAAUUUACUUUAGGAUGGCACAUGCUGGUCGAUGGAAAAGGCGCUUUACACAGCAUGAAGGUAAAUGUAGCUAUGACAAUGAGCAGAAGGUUCUUGAUCAAUGCGAAACUGUAACAUGAUGCUUUGGUUUAAUAACCAAUGAUCAAGACAUUAGAGAAACUGUUGAGAGGUAGCAACUACCUGGCUGUCCACUGUGCCCAAUAAAUGUUCGUUUAUAUUUGUCUGGAGAUCUCAAAGCCAUAUUCAGUGGUGCACAUCAGUAGUAGAACAGUUCCUUUAAAUGGUUUCUUCAGCUUGUGCCUCCUGUAAUCACAUCUUUAUUUCCUGGUUAUUGAUUUAAUACUUUAAUUCAAGUUACAUUAUUUAAGGAGAAAUCCUAAAUACUGGUAAGAGAUUUUUUUUCAGGAAAUCCAGCAGCAGAGCAGGAGGCAGACAGGUGUAGCUGAGUCCCGAGUGAGAACACAAACUGCCUGUAAAUACUGAUUUAAUAAAACAGUUUGCAAAGGUGA